AGGGACAAUGGGGGGAUAACCCUUUCAAAUGUCAACAAUGCACAAUGAAUAUCCUUGCUUGGCUUAUUCAUAUGGGCAUGAUUGACAGCUGUUUGAAUUAAAUGAUAGACUUUCUAAAUUGAAGAAAGAAUUAUAUUUGUUGGUUAUUUCCGUGCAUAUGCUAUUAUAUAUAUAUUGACAAGAGUAUCGAAGACGUCGCUUACACAAAUCUGUAAUUAUAUUUAUUCAUACUUUUUCUCUCCGAGUGUAUUCGAACACGUCCUCCGUUAAGACCUUGAAUUCCGUUCUCCAUCUUCCUCCAGCGCUCAUUUCAGUCAACAUUUUACUUCCUACAUUUCACGGCCUAGGUGUUUCAGGAUCAUCUACGUUGGAAAUUAAGCCUUUGCAUUGCACGUAAGCAGACUUGAAAGACCAUAGUCAUGACAGACUCCAAAUAUUUUACCACCAACAAAAAAGGUGAGAUCUUCGAGCUGAAGGCCGAGUUGAACAAUGAGAAAAAGGAGAAGAGAAAGGAGGCAGUCAAGAAGGUCAUUGCUGCCAUGACGGUGGGGAAGGAUGUCAGCUCCUUGUUUCCGGACGUGGUGAACUGCAUGCAGACGGACAACCUGGAGCUGAAGAAGCUGGUGUACCUCUACCUGAUGAACUACGCCAAGAGCCAGCCAGACAUGGCCAUCAUGGCCGUCAACAGCUUCGUAAAGGACUGCGAGGACCCCAACCCUCUGAUCCGUGCCCUGGCCGUGCGCACCAUGGGCUGCAUCCGAGUGGACAAGAUCACCGAGUACCUGUGCGAGCCGCUGAGGAAGUGUCUGAAGGACGAGGACCCCUACGUUAGGAAGACGGCGGCGGUGUGCGUGGCCAAGCUCCACGACAUCAACGCCCAGAUGGUGGAGGACCAGGGCUUCCUGGACUCCCUGAGGGACCUCAUCGCCGACUCCAACCCCAUGGUCGUGGCCAAUGCAGUGGCGGCUCUGUCGGAGAUCAGCGAGUCCCACCCCAACAGCAACCUGCUGGACCUGAACCCCCAGAACAUCAACAAGCUGCUUACGGCCCUCAACGAGUGCACCGAGUGGGGCCAGAUCUUCAUCCUGGACUGCCUGUCCAACUACAACCCUAAGGAUGAGCGAGAGGCCCAGAGCAUCUGUGAGCGCGUCACCCCCCGGCUGUCCCACGCCAACUCGGCGGUGGUUCUGUCCGCCGUCAAGGUGCUGAUGAAGUUCCUGGAGCUGCUGCCCAAGGAGUCGGACUACUACAACACCCUGCUGAAGAAGCUCUCCCCCCCCCUGGUCACCCUGCUGUCCGGGGAGCCAGAGGUCCAGUACGUGGCCCUCAGGAACAUCAACCUCAUUGUCCAGAAAAGGCCUGAGAUCCUGAAGCAGGAGAUCAAGGUGUUCUUUGUGAAAUACAACGACCCCAUCUAUGUGAAGCUGGAGAAACUGGACAUCAUGAUUCGCUUGGCCUCCCAGGCCAACAUAGCCCAGGUGCUGGCUGAGCUGAAGGAGUACGCCACCGAGGUCGAUGUGGACUUUGUUCGCAAGGCCGUCAGGGCCAUCGGACGCUGCGCCAUCAAAGUCGAGCAAUCCGCGGAGCGCUGCGUCAGCACGCUGUUGGACCUCAUCCAGACCAAGGUCAACUAUGUGGUGCAGGAGGCCAUCGUGGUCAUUCGGGACAUCUUCCGCAAGUAUCCCAACAAGUAUGAGAGCAUCAUCGCCACGCUGUGUGAGAACCUGGACUCCCUGGACGAGCCCGACGCGCGCGCCGCCAUGAUCUGGAUCGUGGGCGAGUACGCCGAGCGCAUCGACAACGCCGACGAGCUGCUGGAGAGCUUCCUGGAGGGCUUCCACGACGAGAGCACGCAGGUCCAGCUCACUCUGCUGACCGCCAUCGUCAAGCUGUUCCUCAAGAAACCCUCUGAGACCCAGGAGCUGGUCCAGCAGGUCCUCAGCCUGGCCACGCAGGACUCUGACAACCCGGACCUGCGCGACAGGGGCUACAUCUACUGGCGCCUGCUGUCCACCGACCCGGUCACCGCCAAGGAGGUGGUGCUGUCCGAGAAGCCCCUGAUCUCGGAGGAGACGGACCUCAUCGAGCCCACCCUGCUGGACGAGCUCAUCUGCCACAUCGGCUCGCUGGCCUCCGUCUACCACAAGCCCCCCAACGCCUUCGUGGAGGGCAGCCACGGCAUCCACCGCAAGCACCUGCCCAUCCAGCACAGCAGCACGGAGACCGGGGAGAGCCCGGUGAGCAGUGGGCCCGUCCCGGCCAUGGACCAGACCAGCGUGAUCCCCAGCCAGGGGGAUCUGCUGGGGGACCUUCUCAACCUGGACCUGGGCCCCCCCGUCAACGUGCCCCAGGUGUCCUCCAUGCAGAUGGGGGCCGUGGACCUGUUGGGAGGAGGGCUGGACAGCCUGCUCGGGGGAGAUCUGGGCGGAGGUGUUGGGGGAAGUCCUGCUGUGGGGCAGAACUUCAUCCCGUCCUCGGUGCCCAACACGUUCGCCCCGUCGCCCACGCCCGCCGCCCUCAGCAGUGGCCUCAACGACCUGUUCGAGCUCUCCACCGGCAUGGCCAACACCACCGGGGGCUACGUCAUUCCCAAAUCCGUGUGGCUCCCAGCCGUCAAAGCCAAGGGUCUGGAGAUCUGCGGGACGUUCUCUCGACGCCAGGGACACAUGUACAUGGACAUGACCUUCACCAACAAGGCCCUGCAACACAUGUCGGACUUCGCCAUCCAGUUCAACAAGAACAGCUUCGGGAUGAUCCCCACCAGCCCCCUGCCCAUCCACACCCCCCUGAUGCCCAGCCAGACCAUCGAGGUGUCCCUGCCUCUCAACACCAUCGGGCCGGUCAUGAAGAUGGACCCUCUCAACAACCUACAGGUGGCCGUGAAGAACAACAUCGACGUGUUCUACUUCAGCGGGCUCAUCCCCCUCAACAUAUUCUUUGUGGAAGAUGGAAAAAUGGAGCGCCAGGUGUUCCUCGCCACAUGGAAGGACAUCCCCAACGAGAAUGAACUGCAGUACCAGAUUAAGGAGUGCCACCUUAAUGCAGACACGGUGUCGGGCAAACUGCAGAGCAACAACAUCUACACCAUCGCCAAGAGGAACGUGGAGGGCCAGGACAUGCUGUACCAGUCCCUCAAACUCACCAACGGCAUCUGGAUCCUGGCCGAGCUCCGCAUCCAGCCCGGGAACCCCAACUACACGCUCUCCUUGAAGUGCAGGGCUCCCGAGGUUACCCAGUACGUCUACCAAGUGUACGACUCUGUCUUGAAGAACUGAGGACCACCUUUUAACCCCCCCCCCCCUACCACACACACACACACACUCCACACCGCUCCCAGGCCCACCCCGACACUCCCUUACCCCUAGAGAGAGCGCUUCCCCCCCUCUGGCCGUUGCUAAAAACGUAAUUGCAAAACUGAAAGGAAACCAGGACCGCAGUGAAAUGCUUGCAUCACGGGGACACCGUGAGGAGAGCAUGGUGGACCGUUUGAGUCCCAACAGCUUAUUGUCCUCUGGGUCUACUGGCAGAAAACCUCUGCAACAAACAUUAACCGGUUGCACCAGGACUAACCAAAUUAACAAUUAGAUUCACUCUUCAAUCUCAGACUAGUCCUCCGCUACGCACCGAUGCAUAGGUGUGUCUUCGGGAAAGGAUAUUCGUAUCUCCACCAAUCGGUGGUACCCGCACACUGUUUGGCGUUCCUUUUAGUUUUGAGCAAUUACUAGUUGUCCCCCAUCAGCGCGGAAGCACCCCGGUUCAGUCCGACCUUGUGAAAAUGUAGCCACUAUUCCAACUUAAACUUUGGUGUCUUAAAUGUUGUAAUCCGUGAUCUAUAGUGAAAUCCUGUCGGUAGCAAAACUAUAUAUCUAUUAUCUUUUUUCCACAAAGCCAUUGGUGUUUUUGUACUGUGAAGAUUGUUUUGCUUUUUAUUUUAAGUGACUUUUAGUGAUUACUAUGAACUGACCCCCCCCACCCCAUGCAUUCCAUACCUAAUUUUCUGUUGUUCUCUUGACAUGCAACAGUGAGAGAGGAAGUGUCAGGUUGUCAUGGUGUUUUAAAGACUAGCAUUCUGUCAUUGGUUAUUGGACCACUGUAGAGCACCCCAAAUCAAAUAAGAUAGUGAUGUUUUUAUGAUAAGUGCCAAUUUCUUCUUAUUUUCCUUUGCACCAGUACACCACUAACUCUGUAAAAGCAUAUCUUUGAACAGUGGUAGUUAAGCUUUGUAAUUGUAUGAUUUCCAUUCUCCUUUUGCCCUGCAUCUACCUCUGCAUUAUGUUCAUUUCUUUGCCAAUUUUCAGGAUAAUAAUUCAACAAUUAAUGUAAUUGUUGUUGUUUUUAUUACCUGUGCAAUUGCUUUCUGCAGCAUUACCAAAAGCAAAGACCCGUAUAUCAUUCAAGUGAGUUAUAAUUAAAUGCCCCGUAUGCUUCACACACAUUGCUAUAAAGCAAUCCAAUAUAGGAUUUUUACGCAGAAAUACAAUUGCAUUUUCUUGAUGAGGAGCGACAUUGCCCUUUUCCUAUAUAGAAGCCGAUAACCUAAAUUGAAUUUGAUUGAAAGUAAAGCUGAUUUUAAAAUUAGUUUUUAAAUGUAUGUGCCAUGUUGGAAAUGAAACGGUUAAACUGAUAUGUUUGGUUGAUUUGCAGUUAAAAUUCAUUAAUGCAAUUUCAUAAUUGCAAUAUACUGUUGCUAUGUUCUGUGCGAGUAUUACAUGAACAUAGUUCAAUAAUGUUUUGAUGUUUGUUUUUUUCUCUUUGAUUGCUUAAUUUAAAGAUGCUGUAGGUGAGAUUUAAGAGCGAUAAUUUUAGUUAAAUUAGUUAGAAAUGCCAUUGCCAUCCGUCAGCUAUUAAUGAGUGAAAUGCUCUGAAAAUAUAUUUUUGGGUGACUGCUUGCCUCCCUCGGUAUGAGGUCAUCUAGCUCUGACACUGCUCCUGACUAAUAUCUUACCAAUCAGGGCAUCUCUUCACUGAUUGGUUUGGGGAUCCAUCUUGUCUGUCAAUCACAGGUAUGUGAAUAUAACACUUUUCAAUGGUGGAGAAACGCAGGGAGGGGGGGGAUGUUAUUUUGGUUGUUUUAAAAGUCUUAAAAGUCUCUCUUUACAACUCUAAAAUCGUACCAACAGCAGCUUUAAGUCAGGUAAGCUCAUUCAUUACUGGGAUGAGGCUGUUUCUUUGCACUCAUCCAUUUUACAGUUGGAGUUUAUUAAAAGGACACCAGCAAUACAGAAUAUCUAGAUUGAGCUAUCAUGACAGAUUGACAAAAUUGAGAAUUGCUAGCAAAGGUAUCAUGUAUCUGUUGUACUUUAACAAUAAAUAUAUUGCAAAUGAUCUUACUGUAACCCCUCCACAUACCAAUAAAAUACCCUAAUUAUUAGCUCAUCGUAUUAUCUCAUCGUUUUCAAGUGCUGAACCAUGUUGGGGAUUUUCAAGCCAGUCAUCAGGUUUAAUGGAGUACAAACAUGCUCCCCUCACUAGUGGGGUUGUACCAAUGCAACUUAUUUCAGAGGACAGAGAAGGGAGACUGAUGCAUGAAGGCCUAUGAUAGAAGUGAUUUCCCCUUCAUCACAAUAGAGGGAGUGCUGAUUUGAUUUGAUUUGAUUUUGAAAUAAUUAUUUGUUUAAGCUAAAAUAUAUACAAAUUACUGUAGGCCUACAACAUUUAGAAAAAGUUUUGUGAUGUAUCCCAAUCACAAAUUUGAUCUACUCAUUGUACUUUUUUUGUGUUCAUCUGUGAGGGCUUCAUAAAUAUGUUUGUUUGGGCAAAUAUCAUCAUAACCUUAAUAUAAAUACACAUUUUUGAUCAACCCCUAAAAUUAUAUUUCGAGCAAUUACUGUAUAGAUGUUCUUCUAUAAAUCCAGCUCAAUCAUAUUGUUUCAAACCUCUGCAUAUGCCUUGGAACAUACAUAGAGUUAAUUGAGAAAUGGUUCAUGCACAUUUUUUUCCCAUCAGAGAUAUGGACUACAUUUCGGCAAAGCUUGAAAACAAUAAACUCCUUGUAGCCGAUAACAGUAACGUACAAUAAGGUUAAAUCUACAGAAUUGAGUGGGGAAAGUAUGGAAGAGGAUUAGGGCCACAUGUGAUUAUCUCUAUGGAAUCCUGAGUUCAAAGGCAGGAUUCUGACUUAAAAAAACCUUUUUAUUCUGACUUUAAAUCAGAAAUCUGAGGUUAAAAUCAGAACUACAAAAAAAAAUCACAAGUGAUCCUAAUCAUUUUCCGUAGAAAAUGGUCGUCUUUUUGGUCUUUUGAAAAACUUUUUUCCACUGCGCAUGAUGGAAAUGUUUUCGAAGCUGGCCACGCCCAUCAGAGCAUCAGACCCCGCCCAUCAGAGCGUCAGAGCCCUGCCCAUCAGAGCAAUCUCCGGGAAGAACUCACCUCCUGUGGUUCGUCACUGACCGCACAAACGUCUCCUGGUACGACAAGGACACUUCGUUCAAGCACAUUUAAGGAAUAUUCUGCUAGGAGUUGAAUCUGCGUCAGCUCUCUCCAUUCAACAGUCGACAUGUGUGACUUCUCCGUGGAUCCGAUGUCUCUCAUCCCCAAUGGGCAUCACUCCCCUCUCAAGGUAGGCUCUCAGCAUUGGCUUUCUUUACUUUUUGUUCCUGAGUUGUAGAACCUGGGUUUAAUUCACGGAGUUGUUGGACCGAUUCCUCCCUCAAAUAGACUAUUUAUAGACAGAAUGAACCUCAGAGAAAACUAUUGGCUGACUUCAUCCCCGCAUGUGCUCUCGUCCACUGGACCACCAGCCAAACCAUUAAAGGGCUUUGCGGAGGAACACCUCGGGAAGAAUGUAUUAUUAUAUUUGUAUAGCCUAUGUAAUACGACCUGUAUUGUAGGGUAUUGUUGCCUGGUUUGCCUUAACAAGGACACACCCGAUACUUGAGCAACGAUGCUUGCCCUAAUGUGUUCAGAGCUAAAUGUGUGUAGAAUAAAGCAUUAAUGUGACUUUAUAAUGUAUGACGGGCGUGUAGUUAAUAAUGUUAUACAAUAAUAAGAUACCCCCUACGUGAGCGACGGGUCAGUGGCGCAGGCUGUGACAAAAAACAAACAAACGUUGAACGCUUCCUAUAGAAUGUGAUAUGAUGUCACAGAUGUGCAAAUAGUACCAGUAAAAAAGCAGGAACGGUCCAGGAUGUUGGGAUUUUUAAUAAUAAAGGAGUACAGAGGAGACGGACUUGAGAAGCGUUCUCCGCCCAAAUAGCCUCUCUACCUUGGGAAAUUUUCAAGCGGAGCUACGGAACAGGAAAGACCAUAUAUGGCCCAGUGAACGAGCUGGGCGCAGAGUCCUCAGGGCAACGAGUUUGAUCAAAGAUAACCGAUAGGUGCCCUAGAAAACAAGGUGUGGCGCUUUUUUUUUUUAAAUGUUUUGACUGGGUAAUCUGUUAAAGAAAAAGUAGAAAGCCCCUAUAAAACUCCCCCCAUCCCAGCCCCUAAUAAAUGAGUCAUCAAAACUCUUGUUGAAUUGUUGAUCUUAUAGUCACUGGAUUGUACACAAAAAUCAAACUGUGUAUGUGUGUGACGUGUG